UAAAUACAAAAAUUGUUUACUAUUUAGUCCCAGCUCCCUCUCUGAAACUGAGUUAAAGAACUGAAUUAUGACUUAUGAGCUCAUGCAAACUGCGAUGGAGAUGUUAAUCGUGCUUCAUUUUCAUGUUCAGUUUCUCGUUCUCACCUGACUCGGUAAAGUCCCACAUCGUAUAGCGUUUUAUUACUUUGAUAGGAUAUAUAGGAAAGCGAGCAAGUAAAGCUCGUCCCUUCGGGGACAUCCGAUAAAAUUGGAACGAUACAGAGAAGAUUAGCAUGGCCCCUGCGCAAGGAUGACACGCACAAAUCGAGAAAUGCUUCAAACGCGAAUGGAUCACCAACAGUUAAACCCGAGCGGAGCGAAACCGGUGGCUGCGGCGGCGCCUCCGCUUCACAAAAGUGACGCGGACGACGACGACGAGAACGUUAAGCAGCUCGACGAGUGUUCUACUCUCUACCUUUUAAUGCAGGAUUGCGUUGUUCGAACAAACAGGAAUUGGAAAGAAUGCCAGCCAGAAAUUCAAGCUCUGAAGGAAUGUUUUGAGAAAAAGAAGAAGAUAAACAAAGGCAAGUAAGAGAAUUUUGAGCUGGCAAUAAUAAAGGUCAUUCAUGAAUUUGUUUGUACGAAUGAUUCAAUAUUUCAAUUGAAACUGGUUGAGAUUGAACUUGUGGAAAUGGGACUCCAUAUGAGAUCCCUUUAUAAAGGUAGAUUCUAAUUUGAAGAUAACAGAAAGAUGAUUAAGAAGAAACCAUUUUGGCAUUAUUGAUUUAGAUUUAGUGCUUAGGAUUAUGCUUUAAUUCUGGUUGCUCUGCUGUUCUUAGGUGAUUUGAUAUGAUUGUAACUAUGUUUUGAAGAAAUUGUUGAAGGGCCAAACACAAGGGAACCGUGUUGAUAUUUUGUAUUCAUCAUAAAUUUGCAUCUGAAAGUGGAGUGUUUAUAAGA